AUGCCUUCUGCCUCACUACUUUUUCUCGAAGGACAACGAGUCGAACCGAGCAUGUCAUUUCGUUUUCUUUCGACUAUUCCGACUAUAGUUCGGAUUCUUCUUCAAGGCAGCGUAUCAUUUGGACUUGGACGUGGUGCGGAAUUCACAGCGAAAGCGGAGGGCGCGAGCGGUCGAAAAUCGAUGAUGUUUUCUCACCAACCCAUUCAAGUGGCACUAAUGAAUAGGCUGCUGCAGCGACCUGAACGUAUACAUCGAGAACACUGGGGAAGAAAGAUUGUCUGGGAGGAUAAGAACACUGUCUUGACUCAUCGGCUAGCGCCCACAAGGGAUUGUAAAGGACAGUUACACGUUCGUGAACCUCAAACGAUUCUGAGUUGA